CAUUUCUUACCAAAUUAGCAAAUAACAUAUACGCGCCUGUCUCUACAGAUUUGAGAGUCGGAACAAAGUGUGCCUUCCCCUGCACUCUGCUCUCUCUCUGCAACUGCCUCCUUCGCCUUAUCCCUUCACUCUUCCACCUCCCUUCUUCAAAAUUCCCGCGCCAUGGCCGAAGACUCCAGAGCCAUUGUAUCAUGGCGGAGCAUCCCGAGCCUCAACGCCUCCCGCGGCGCCCUCACCGACGCCGCGGACCACUACGAACCGCUGUGGACGACCGCGCAUCUCAGCUUCAGCAGCGGCGGUGGUACUCGGUUCAAUUUCGCCUGCAUUUCGGUGGCGGAAAGGGGAGAACAGAGGAACGAGUUUUCGCCGACUUCGGCUCAGCUGUUGAAGCAUCCGUUGGCUAUUCUCGCAUGCGUGCCCAAAGACGUUGCUCUAUUUGCUGCCGGAGCCGUCGCUGGAGCCGCCGCUAAGAGCGUCACGGCUCCGCUCGACCGCAUCAAGAUUCUUAUGCAGACUCAUGGCGUGCGAGUUGGGCAACAAAGCGCUAAGAAGGCUAUCAGUUUUGUCGAGGCUAUAACAAUGAUAGGGAAGGAAGAAGGGAUUAAAGGGUACUGGAAAGGCAACCUUCCUCAGGUGAUACGGAUUCUCCCUUACAGUGCUGUCCAGCUUUUUGCUUAUGAAGCUUAUAAGAAACUCUUUAGGGGCAAAGAUAGUGAGCUAUCUCUUCUAGGAAGACUUGCAGCAGGUGCUUGUGCUGGCAUGACAUCCACCUUUGUAACCUACCCAUUGGAUGUUCUGAGGUUGCGCCUAGCAGUUGAACCAGGGUACCGAACUAUGUCUGAGAUUGCCUUAAACAUGCUAAAAGAGGAAGGAGUUGCAUCCUUCUACUAUGGUCUCGGACCUUCUCUGAUCGGAAUUGCUCCAUAUAUUGCUGUGAACUUUUGCAUUUUUGACUUGGUGAAGAAGUCUCUACCAGAAGAUUUUCAAAAGAAAGCUGAAGCAUCUCUAUUAACGGGUUUGGUGUCAGCUUCCCUUGCCACACUCACAUGUUAUCCUUUAGAUACUGUGAGAAGACAGAUGCAAAUGAAGGGCACACCUUACAAGACGGUUUUGGAUGCCAUUCCAGGUAUUGUGGAGCGUGAUGGACUUGUAGGCUUAUAUAGGGGUUUCUUGCCUAAUGCUUUGAAAACUUUACCGAACAGCAGCAUUAGGCUCACUACUUACGACAUGGUCAAGCGUCUCAUUUCCACCAGCCAAAAAGAGUUUCAGAGAAUUGUGGAGGAAAAUCGCAGUAAACACCAUUAAAAGGCUGUCAGUUGAACAGUCCGACAUUUUGUGCUACUGUAUUGUAUUUGGUUCACCAAACUACACGAGUACUAGGAGGCUUAACCUUUCACCGGAUUUUGUUCCCGACAUCAUGUGGGACUUGUAUUAGUGAGGACUGAGCUGCCCAGUGAAUGCUUUGUCCGGAGGUUCUAUUUUUGUAGGACAAUCAUUAGUUCUAGUUCUAGUUAGGUUGCCUAUUUUUUGUGGAAUUUUGUAUUCCACCUGGCUAUGCAGUGAGUUUGAGAUUAUGUCAGGUAGAAACCCUUGUUGUAAUGUAAUCGCUACAGGUAAUGGAAGCUGUUCUGAUUAUAAUUUUCAUGUAGUAAUUCUUUUCUUGGCUCA